GUGGGGAAAAGAAGGAGGAUACUCGGGUUAAUGUUUCAUUUUUAUGAAUGUGACAACAUUUCGGUUUAAAGGAGAUACAUCAAUGGAUACCGAAGCAGGAUCAUAAACAGGUGAAGACGAUGCAGGCACACACCUGAGUGUUGUGUGUGUGUGUGUGUGUGUGUGUGUAAAGACAUCAGGAAGGAGAUGAUACCUGAGCCCACAGCUGCAGCAGCUGCAUCCAGGUCCUCAGAGCAAAAGAAGAACUCUCGGGGUGGGGCAAACUCCUCUGGAGCUGUCAAUCAUUCAGGGGAGGACUCUGGAAAUGAGAACAGACGAAGGAGUAAGCGAAGGAGAAAAGCGCACACGGCCUCAGAGAAUGUUAAGAGCAAGAAUGCCAAAGCCGGCCGCGGCAGUGUCAGCAAAGCAAGAGGCAGGAAACAGAAACAUGUGGAGGCCGUCACCCUGUUUGAGGUGGUCACCAUGGGCAGGGGCGCCAUGCAGGUCGUGAUUGAUGAUUGGAUCGAGGCUUAUGUGACCGACAGACACUCACCUCUCCUCGAUCUAAUCAGCUUCUUCAUCCAGUGCUGUGGCUGCAAAGGUCUGGUCACAGCUGAGAUGUGUCAGAACAAAGAGGACAGUGACGUCAUGAGUAAGAUGGUGGAGGAGCUGGAUGAGGUCUCUGGUCUGCAGUAUAAGAAGUUUCUGGCCUUUCCCUGGAUCCUCACCGUCACCUGGCCCAUGGAUACAGAUAGCGUGGAGUAUCCUCUGACACAAGCAGGGCCGUAUGGACGCUGGUUUCACUCCGAGUUCUGUGACUUCAUAUCGGUGCUUGUGGCUCAGUGUCAGCACAGCGUCAUAUUUGACUGUUACCUGAUGAACGCCAUCAUCUCAUUGCUCACCGAGCUCUCCGACUCGUUCGUACGUGCAUUCAGGCACACCUGCACACUAGCGGCGGUGAAGUUGCUGAGCUCUCUGGCGAGCGUCGCUCUGAGUCUGAGCGUCGGCAUCGAGAACAGUCAGAAGCUGUUUCAGGUGCAGAAAACAAAGACGCUGAGACAGAAGAGCACGCUGCAACAGGAGAGAAUACAGAAGAAGAUCACAGAGCUGCAGGAGAAAAGGACGGAGAUCGAGAGCAUGAUGGACAUCAUUUUCAAAGGAGUUUUUCUGAAAAGACAUCGAGACGUGCUUCCUGAAAUCCGUUCGAUCUGUCUGGAAGAGUUGGGUCUGUGGAUGAAGCUCUACAGCUCUUCGUUUCUCAAUGAUAGCUACCUCAAAUACAUGGGCUGGAUGCUGCACGACAAGGUACCAGAUGUGCGUCUCAAGUGUGUGUUAGGUCUUCAGGGUUUGUAUGGAGAUCCAGUCCUGCACCCUAAACUUGACCUGUUCACCAGCCGCUUCAAGGACCGGAUGAUCUCCAUGACCCUGGAUAAGGACAACGAAGUGGCAGUGCAGACCAUGAAACUACUACUGAUCAUCUCUAAAACCUCUGACGAUGUUCUGAGCCCGGAGGACUACAAACAGCUGCUCCAGUUUGUUUACUCGUCACAGCGCCCUCUAGCUGUGACUGCAGGGGAGCUGCUCUACUCAAGGCUUCUCAACACGGCAGCCCCUGCAUCUGAUACUCAGGAUGAAAUAAAUGACGAUGAGGCACAAAAACAAGACAUAUUCUCCACGCUGAAGGCCCUGCUGCAGUUCUUCAAGGAGUCUCAGCUGCACAAGCAUGUGGUGUACCUGGUGGACAGUCUGUGGGACUGUGGAGGAGCUCUGCUGAAGGACUGGCCUGCUCUCACAUCUUUACUGCUGCAGGACCCUCCCUCACACCGUCAGGGUCUCACUCAUGAAGAAAAAGCUGUGCUUGUGGAGAUCUUGGUUGCGUCGGUGCGUCAGGCCGCGGAGGGACCAGUGCUGGCAGGAAGGAGUGGAGCCAAGAAGGUCAUGAGUGCCAGGGAAAAGAAAAUUCAGAUUGAUGACUGCACUAAACUCACUGAACAUCUCAUCGUGGUGCUUCCAACUUACUGUCCAAGGUAUUCACACUUCUCAGAUAGUCCUGACGUCGUUGCCUCCCUGAUGAAGAUUCCUCAGUUCUUCAUCCCACAGUGUCCUAAAGCUGGAAACACACAGGCGGUGUCAGACCUGCUGGCAGAGAUUGGAGCUGUCCUGGACCGUCACUCAGGCCCCGCUGUCCUGGAGGCUGCAGCCCGCACGUACCUCAGUCUGUGCGGGGAGGAGACGUCCUGCUGCUCCGCUGCUCACACUGGAAGAGACUCUCUGGUCCAGAGCUGGGUAGACAAACUGACCGCUCUGCUGCAGGACGCGCUGAAGGCGGACACUUUCACUGCUGACAAGGAACACACUGGAGACAUUCUACCGACACUGAAGAAACUCAGAGCUUUUCACAACUGUCAUGACCUCUCCCGUUGGAACCUGUUCGAGCUGCUGUCCCCUCUCCUGUCAGUGGAGGGCAGCGAGAGAGGACCCCCAUCAGAGGUGCUGCUGGAGGUGCUGCAGUGUCUGUGUUACUCAAUGAUCUGGUCUCUCAACACGAGUGGUGAAUCGCUCAGCUCCAGAGAUAAAGCCGUGGCCCAGAGAAUGCAGCUGCGUCUUUUCUGUGAGAGGAGUCAUCACUGCCUGUCUCACUCUGACCCCAGUGUGCGACAGCAGGCUUUUCUGGGUGUGUGUGACGUUCUGACGGCUCACUCCUACCAGCUUCAGGUGUGGAGUCCCACCUCCUUCGGUCCCCUGCUCUACACUACCAGUCCCAAACUGCAGAGGGCGCUGUUGACCUUUAUAUGCCAGCACGCCUUUGUUGGAUCGGAGUGUGACAGCCGGAGCAGUGUCAGUGAAAACUGUGAAGUGGAGAAGCUGGAGGACCUGCACAGGCGAAGAAAUCUGCUCGCGGCCUUCUGCAAACUGAUCAUACAUGGAGUGCUGGAGAUGAGCAUGGCGGCUGAGGUGUAUACGUACUACAUGAAGUACUACAGUGACUUUGGAGACAUCAUCAAGGAGACGAUGUACCGGACCCGGCAGAUGGAUAAGAUAGAGAGUGCUCGUACUCUGGUGCUCUGUUUGCAGCAGCUCUUUGUUCGCCUGAAGCGAGAGCAGGAGAGCGGCGGCAGGGCUCACCCAGGAGUCCAGACCUUCACCAGCAUCAAAGAGCUCGCCAGGCGCUUUGCCCUCACUUUCGGCGACCUUGUCAAGUUUCGCGAGUGCGUCGUCGUGAUCCACAGGAACGGGAUUGAAUUUGUGUUCCAAGAGUUUACUCAGACUCCAGAAACACCUACGCCCCUUUACCUCUACUACCUGACCAUCCUCAGCGAAUUCUCCAGCAAGCUGCUCAAACCAGACAAGAAGACGGUGUUCUCCUACCUGCAGAAGCACACCGCAGAGCACGUUAUUGACCUCAGGGAGGAGGGCUGGCAGCCUCUUAUCCACUAUCGAGCUUCCCUAUUGGCUGCGGGAGAAGGGGAGGACGCUGUGUCCAACGUUAGCUCUGACAGGAGGCCUCACAUACCCAAUCGUUCUCCUUUUUACAAACAAAAACUAGAAGGCAGCAAAUCCCCAGGCCUGUUCACCUCCACCCACUCCAAAGUCAGUAAAGUACAAAGAUCAAACUUCAGUCCAAGCCGUCAGGAAAAAACGACAGACGCGGACCCCUUCUCUGUCCCUGUGGAACCGCCAGCAAAAAGGUUAAACAUGGGAGGAUCAGACGGCGGCACCAGCAACGAGGUGGAGAGCGACACUGUGGAAGUGGAACUGUGAGAAGGUGGAGGUUUGGAGGGAAUCGGUGCAUCUGUUUGGACCUAAGGUGACACGAUGAACUACGGGAGAGACAUCCCAAUGUCCAUUUAUUCAUUCUGUCGAUACAGGUGUUAAAAAGGCAGCACUUAAUAUUUUAUAUGAGGAUAUCUAAUGGUUAUGAAUAGAACCUUAGUCCGUCUUUAUUUCCUACAAUUUUUGUUAAAAGCAUAAAUGGUUGGGUUACAUUGUAACCUUUGAAUGAAGAGAAGAGACUAUCUCUCCAGCCCUAAGCCAGCUCAGAGACACGUUUAGAUCAAACUAUCAGUGAUUACACGGCAGCAUAGUUUCUUUAAAGAUGAGCUGUAGGGCGUGACCGGGCGAUCUGGAGUGUCCUAAAGUAAUAUCCAAGGACUCUGACGAGAAGGGGAUCACAUCCUGUACAUGUUUUAUAACGGGGAGGAGAGAUAGUCUAGAGACGAUAAUCACUGAUGAUUAUCGAUGUAUUGCUAAAGGAACCAAGGUGGUGCAGUGCCAAUUUAGAUGCAAUUUAUUCAAAAUAAUGUUACAUUUAAAUUGUAACUUUCGGACUUUUGAAUGUUAGAAAAUGUCUGAUCCUAAUCUCUAUGGUGUUGUUGAUCCAGUUGAAUCCAUUCAGUAUACGCCAUGCCCAUUUUUUUUUAAAGAUUGUUUUACAAUCUACUUUGAAUUCCGUCCAAAUCUGUCUAACUCCAAAAUCUGAUCCAGAACACGGUUGGAUGAAGCUGAAAUUAUGAUUUCCCUCUGCAUGAAGUUUAGCUUUACCUGACCCUCAAAGUUUACUCCAACAGGGACAGCAUUGUGUAACAAAGCCCGUUAAAUCUCUUUAAUGCUUUACGCUCUGGUGACCAGUAGACAGUCAGUCUGUAAGUAUGACCAUGAACAAAGUCUCAUAAACUUAUAUUAAGUUUUGUCUACAUUGGGGCGUUGGUGGCUCAGUGGUAAGUCCACGUGCCCCUCGUACUGAGGCUCCAUCAGGUGGCCCCUUUUCCACAUGUCGUUCCCAUCUCUCUCUCCCUGAUUUUUUCUUCAAUGGAGGCACAAAAAGAUCCCCCCCCCCCCCCCCCCCCAAGACAAAAUUAAGUUUUGUCUACAUAAUUUUGUUUAGUACCUUGCUUAUAUAUUUUAAACUAUCAUCUCCAAAUAUGGAACAGACAUUCUUUGGUUACAAGACAAAAAAAAGACUUAUUCAGUAUUUUGUAUUAUAUUUCUAGGUCUGUAAGUCUGUCUGUCGUCACACUCCACAGACGUGAUUGAUCUGCCAAUGAAGCGUAAUGAAUGAAUGGUUCAGAAAAGGGUUGCACUUUAUUUAUAUAUAUUUCUCUUUUAACUUAAUCAAAGAAAUUAUGUUCCUUCUGUUAUGUGUUUGGCUAAUGUCUGAUAUACCGUUCACUUUAAAUACCAGCGCUAUACACUUUAUUUGUCGCCCAUGAUGUAUUCAAAAGACAUCAGUGACCCCCGCUAUAUCACAAGGUUAACAGCCAGGUCAUUGUUGCUCAGUGUGACCUCAUAGUGACCUCAUAGUUCUCACGUUCAUUAUCAAAUCUUCUACCCUAAAUUUAAGAUCCUGCUGCCACAAAUACCGACCAGCUCACCAACAAUGUAUUUAUAUACAGCUAAAGGUAAUUCAAAGCUAAUGCACUUUCUAUUCUGGUUGAGGUAAUAUUUAUUCAGAAAACAUAUUAAGAUUAUGUAUUAAUAAAAAGGGAACAACAGACCUGUUACCAGAUUUAAAGAUUUCUUUAAAAACUGUGUAGAAACAAACGUGUUUCGGGCGACAUUUGCUGCGGAGGAAGUUGGAAAAAAUCUCAUGUUUUUUUUUUUAAACAUUCAGAGAUAUGAAAACAAAACACUAGCUUUAAUUUCAGACUACGGUUUACUGUAUUUUUAUUUUUGCAGACUUUAUGUUCUCAUUUAUUGACAAAGUGUAUCUGUGUGUGUAAACAUUUAUCUGCGUGCACAAAGUAGUGUUGUAAUAAAAGACCACACUAACCGAACUAAUCAUAGUGAUGAUGUAAAGAAAUAGCCGAUCAGUGGUCGUCUUGAUUUAAAUACCAGAGUCCAACUAGUCUAAACCCGAGACAAGACAGAAUAAAAACUCUUCUGAUUCUGAGACGAGACCAAGACGGAUUUCGAGUACAACACUAGCACAGUGAUGCAUCUUUCACACUCAUUUCCAGAUUAGACUCACUUGCUUUAAUAUGAGAUGUGUGAUAUGCUGUCUGCCACUUUAUCAUUGCACCUUACAGGACUUUAUUUUUUAUUAAAGUUUGCCAAAACUGACUCUUAAUGUAUUAUUGUCAAUGAAAUAAAGAAAUGAGUUCAUCCCUCAAA